UGCAGUAUACCAUAGCUUAUAUUUAUGUACCGUCCAUUUUAAGCUUUAAACCAAAUCAAACCUGAUAACAUAGGACGAUAAGUCAACAAUUAAAUUCUCAACAGGGAACCUUAAAGAUUUGAGAACAAGUUACCUGUUAAAGGUAAAAGAGGAUCUAACGAAUAUUUGGAUAGUAGUUUAUAUUAUUAAGGUAAAAGUCAGCUCGGAUUGCCAGGAGAGGAACCCCCGCCCCCUUACGCUUUACAUAUCAACCGAGAAGACAGUAACAUGUCGCAGCCCAGUGCUCCACCAUACGGCGAGCCCCCUCCCCCAUAUAGCGGUUACGGGGGUUACGGGGGUGACAGCGUCUAUCCACCACCCCAGGGCCCACAGGGAUACGGUUACCCUCAUCCACACGGCCAGCCCCCACAGGGCUAUGUUCAGCACGGUUAUCCCCAGCAAGGUCAGCCGGGUCGUUACCCCCAACAAGGAGGUUACCCCUAUGGCCAAGGACAGACGGUUGUGGUCACCCAGCCCCAGCAAGUCCAACAAGAACGGGGCCGGGAUAAGGACAGAAGUACCGAGUGUUUGUUGCUGGGCCUGCUCGCCUGCCUCUGUUGUUGUUGCAUGAUGGACUAGGUCACGUGAUCAAAGGAUGUAAUCCUGGUCCUUCUGCAAGACGCCCAACCACAUUUGGAGGAGAUGAUCUCUGGAUGUUUUCUUCCGGAUCGCUUACGUUUUAAUAUUACGUGAUAUUUGUUUAACAAUUCAUUUGAUUUGUGUAUGAUAUCAAUGCGUGCUAUGUUUGUAAUGUUUACAUAAAUGUUUGACUUAACACAUCAUUGUGAAUAUAAAUAUAAGACAAUAACAGACAUUUAUACAAAAAAAAACAACAACAAAAAACACACCAUUCAUUAUGCUAUUUCAACAAACACAUCUGUUAACACGUGUUAUAACACGUGUUACACUGGCGUAUGGAACUACUCCAAAAUCCUUUUCGUAUCAUAGUGUCACACAUUUGAGCUCAUGUCACAUCUUGUUUAAAAGUUAUAUGAUGCUCUACGAGCAUAUCGUUAGCCCAUUUUGGCAUAUUUUUAUCAUGUACCAUCUAUGCUAUUGUUUUUACUGGAAACACAACUUUUUGGUUAUAAUUCUAUUUGAUAUCAUUUACAUUUGCCAUUCCUGUAUCACUAUUGUGUGCUUCCACAAACAUGUGCGUAGACAUCUGGGUUAACAUGUCAUGUUAGGCAUGUAUAUACAUCGUAUUGCUGUUUUGUUAUGUUUGAUUUUCUAUUUUUGCAAUAAAUAUUUUCCAUUGUUA